AAAAAUUUCAAUAAAAAAUGAUGGAAUCAAUAAAAAUACUUGCAAAUAAAAUUACAAUUUUAUUAUUAUUGACAAUAAUCGCUUGUUCAAUGGGUGAUAAAACUGUUCCUCGAAGAGACGACGAUUAUCCACCACCUGAUAUAUUAAAAAUGUUAGAACCUGUACAUAAAACUUGUGUUGAAAAAACAGGAGUUACAGAAGAAGCUAUUAAGGAAUUUAGUGAUGGUGAAAUACAUGAAGACCCAGCUCUUAAAUGUUAUAUGAAUUGUUUAUUUCAUGAGAUUCAAGUAGUCGAUGCUAAUGGUGAUGUUCACUUAGAAAAAUUAUAUAAAAAAAUUCCAGAUAAUUUAAAAGAUAUUGCAUUGAAGAUGACUGAAAAAUGUAUCCAUCCGGAAGGUGAUACUUUGUGUCAGAAAGCAUGGUGGUUCCAUCAAUGUUGGAAGAAAGCUGAUCCUGUGCACUACUUUUUGGUUUAG